AUGAGCUCCACCGAAGAGCUGGAGGGUCUGAUCAGGAGGAUCAUUGAUAGUCGAUUGAUACGCUAUAACCAUGCGACUUGCUGGCGUCCAGUUGAAUCGAAGAGCACGAUCCAAGAAAUGUGGACGGCAGAUUACAAGGAACCGAGAGCAUCGUCCGCGGCCAACUUGCCGAGCGACUCAACAACGGACAACAGACGAGGCACUGCACGUUUCCGUUCGGAGCCAGUACCUCGUUCCCUGUCAGUCUUCCCCUGGGAGCUCAACGGCCCAGGCUGCGAGUAUGUCACAGAAGGGAGCCUUCCCGUAAAAGAGCGAGAAGAAGCCAAGAUCCAGCUGACCACAUUCCGAGAUAAAUCGAAGGCGCGAAGACAUCGACUUAUGAAGACCUUGCUUGGAGAGCAGAGUAAAACAUAUGGGCCAUCAUUUCGACUCUUGGACGAUGUCGUCCUCUCUCUGCGGACCGAAGAUCUGGACGAUCCCUCCGAUGUCAAUUACGCCACAGCGUGUGCCAGUACUGACAAGUGGUUCUCCUCCUACAUUGCCAGCGGUGCUCCCAGUACAAGCGCUUUGGAGCAGUACGCUGUGCUGCUUGCCUGGCAGGAAGCGUUCUCUCAUCCCAGAGAAACGACAGAUAAAUGGGACUUUGAGACUAUUCAAGGCUUGAAAGAUCAGUAUUUCAGAGACACAGACAAGAUAUUGUCCGCUUGGGAUCUCGAAGAGUCUCAUCAAACUGGAUCGAAUGUGGUCUGA